GCGGCCGCCCCGGCCCAUCAUGUAGGUGCAGCCGCGCCGGCCCCGCGCCAGCCGCGCAGGGACCCCCCCCGGCCCGGCCCGGCCCGGCCCGGCCUGGCCCGGCUCGGCCCGGCCCGGCGCCGCCUCCUCAGUCAGGCGGGAGCGCGCGCGCGCGCGGCGUUCCGGGGGGGGCAGAGCGCGCGCCUCGCAUCUUUUGUGCUGUUGGGCAACUCCUCGCCCCUCGGCGGAGCCGCGCGCGCGGGGGGGGGAGAGAGCGGCUCUCUGUGCGCGCGCCCUGCCGCGCGCGCCACCCUCCCCCCCCCCCCCCCCCCCCCAGGCUGGGGGACAAUGUCUCAGCCCCGAGGCAAGAAGAGAAACCCUGGGCUGAAAAUUCCUAAAGAAGCAUUUGAGCAACCACAGACAAGCUCCACGCCACCCAGGGAUCUGGACUCCAAAGCCUGCAUCUCUAUUGGUGAGGAGAACUUUGAGGUGAAGGCCGAUGACCUGGAGCCCAUCUCGGAGCUGGGCCGAGGCGCGUACGGGGUGGUGGAGAAGAUGCGGCACAUGCCCAGCGGGCAGAUCAUGGCAGUGAAGCGGAUCCGAGCCACGGUGAACAGCCAGGAGCAGAAGAGGCUGCUGAUGGACCUGGAUAUCUCCAUGAGGACAGUGGAUUGUCCCUUCACUGUCACCUUUUAUGGGGCACUCUUCAGAGAGGGAGAUGUGUGGAUUUGCAUGGAGCUGAUGGAUACCUCACUGGACAAAUUCUACAAACAUGUCAUUGACAAAGGCCUGACGAUUCCCGAGGACAUCCUGGGGAAAAUUGCAGUCUCUAUUGUGAAAGCACUAGAACAUCUGCACAGUAAGCUCUCCGUGAUCCACCGAGAUGUAAAGCCCUCUAACGUGUUGAUCAAUACACAGGGGCAGGUGAAAAUGUGUGACUUUGGCAUUAGCGGGUACCUGGUGGACUCUGUUGCUAAAACCAUGGAUGCAGGAUGCAAACCCUACAUGGCUCCCGAGAGAAUUAACCCGGAGCUGAACCAGAAGGGAUACAGCGUCAAAUCCGACAUCUGGAGCCUGGGCAUCACCAUGAUCGAGCUGGCCAUCCUGCGCUUCCCCUACGACUCCUGGGGCACGCCCUUCCAGCAGCUCAAGCAGGUGGUGGAGGAGCCGUCGCCGCAGCUGCCCCCGGAGAGGUUCUCAGCCGAGUUCGUCGAUUUUACCUCGCAAUGCUUGAAGAAGAAUUCCAAAGAACGGCCAACAUACCCAGAGCUUAUGCAACAUCCUUUCUUCACCCUGCACGAAUCCAAAGAGACAGACGUCGCCUCUUUUGUCAAGCUCAUCCUGGGAGACUGAGAACUGGACUUGUAAAAGAAUUGCCCUUCUGUGGACUGGUGGGUGCAGGGGAGGGGCACGUGGCAGGACUUGUCUUGGAAGCACCAACAGAAAGUCGCCUCUUUUGUUUUGUUUUGUUUUGAUUCUGAGAAACCCCCGCCUCGCCCGAGUUUUUUUAAAGGGUUCUUUGGUAUCCAUAGUGACAUAGAACGAGCUGGUUAGUGGAAUGAAUUUUAAUAAGGUUGGUAACCUUAAAACAAAAACAAAACAACAAAAAAAAAUCUUUUUGGAAAGAGUGAUUUACAUAUUUAAUGACAGUCGAAGUUCCUCUUCCUAACUUGCUCCUCAUCCCCCUUCCCUUCCCCUUGAACCAGAAUUUGCUUUGUCAUGGUAAUAGGUGCUAUGGUAGUCAUGAAGUUGUAUGUAGAUUUAUAUUUUGUCCCUUCCAUUAUUUUAAUAUUUAUGUUAAGUGCUUGAUGGAAUAGAUUUCUGUUUUAUAUGAGGAUGAGUGCGUGGUGAUGACGAUGAUGAUGCAAAAUGAGGCCACAGCAAGCAGCACUUGUAGGGCUUUGCUGGGGAAAAGGUGUCUGAAGAGAGGAGAGAGGAGAGCAGAAGUGUCUCUGUUGUGGAAUAUAUUUAAUGGAACUGAUGAGCAAGACUUGCAGCUCAGCUGCUCGAGCUGGGUCAGGGGGAUGCCCCAGUGUUCCCUGUGGUCACUCUUGUCCAGACACCCUGCUCUGAGGCUGGGCCAGCCUGUCCCACAGCCCUGCUCUGCUGGAGGAGGUGGGAAUUGCUGGGAGCAGUCUGGGACAAAAGGCCCAGAGGGAAGGAGGGUGUCAGAGAAGUUGCACAAGGAGGAGGAGGCUGCCCUGGUCAGUGCCCCUGCCCAGCAGCGCUGCAGUGCCCGAGGCUCCUUGGGCUGGGGAUGAGCUGCUCUGGGCUCUGAGGGAGCUCCUCUCCUUCUUGGGAUGGGGCAGGAUCACAGCCUGACACCCAUGACAAUGGGCUGGUUGGGAGUUGGUUUGCAGGGCUGGUGGCACUGCACUGGCAGCAAUCCCUCUGUGCUUGCCUGCAGAGUGUGGCAGUGCCAGCGCUGCCAGGAGCCCCAGCUGGGCUGUGUCCAUCCCCAGCUGGGUGUGCAGGCAGCCAGGAGCCCAUGCUGGCCCAUGCUGGGCUGUGUCCAUCCCCAGCUGGGUGUGCAGGCAGCCAGGAGCCCAUGCUGGCCCAUGUUGGGCUGUGUGCAGGCAGCCAGGAGCCUGUGCUGGGCUGUGUCCAUCCCCAGCUGGGUGUGCAGGCAGCCAUGGGCUGCAGGUGGGAGCUGCAGCCUGGGAAAGCACACACAGACACCACAGCCCACCCUGACCAGGAGCUCCUUGCUGCUGGCUGGGUCCAGGGCUGGGAGAGGAGCUGGAGAUGGUUCUGUCCCUGGCAGGAGCAGGGGCACUGUGAGUGUUGCUGAGCUCUGCUGGCUCCAUGUUAAUCCUGGUUUGAGGCACACCUGCCCAGAUGCCUGGCCUGGCCAUGAGCUGCUCUGCUGCUGCCCCUGGCUGCUUCCCCCACCCUGGGACGGGGCCUGCCUGUGCAUUCUGGGGAGCUGCACAAGUGCCUCGUGCCCUGCAUGUGCUUCCAUCCCCACCCUGCUUGGCACAGCCCUCAGAGCCAGAAACCCCAGGAACACCCCUGCUCUGCAGUGCUGAACCUGUGCAGGGUGUCACUGAACUUGUGCAGGGUGUCACUGAACCUGUGCAGGGUGUCACUGCCCCCUGCUCUGCAGUGCUGAACCUGUGCAGGGUGUCACUGAACCUGUGCAGGGUGUCACUGAACCUGUGCAGAUGUCACUGCCCCUGCUCUGCAAUGCUGAACGUGUGCAGAAUGUCACUGAACCUGUGCAGAUGUCACUGAACCUGUACAGAUGUCACAGCCUGUGCAGAUGUCACAGCCUGUGCAGAUGUCACUGCCCCUGCUCUGCCAGGUUAGCAGCUCCAGCUCUGCUGGUGCAGGUUGGAGCAGUCAGUGGGUUUUGGGAGGCUGUCCCUGGAGGGGCUGCUGGGCAGGGCAGUGUUCAGAGCAGGCUCUGGGUGCUGGGGAUGUGCCAACCCUUGCAAGAGGCGCACAAAGUCACCACCAGUGCCUGGGCUGUCGCUGUCACUGUCACUGUCAGUGCCAGGGGCUGGCUGGGAGCCUGGGGCUGGCAGUGACACACACAGGGGAGCUUUCCUCGGGGUUUGUCUCUCCCUGUGCCCUCAUCUGCAGAGCAGGGGCUCACAGGGGGCUUGUAGCAGCCAGGGGAGAUUCACAGCAGGCUCUGGGGAGGAGGCUCCCCUUGCUCAGCCUGUCCCAGGAGCCUGCCCAGCCUCGGGAAGGAGCAGCUCCAAACCCCACUCCCUGCCCAGGGGAACCUUUCAGGUUACAUUUUGUGGCAGAUGAAACACCAGGAUGUUUUACUUCACAGUGUAAUUUUAAGAGGCCUCACAUGGCUCAUGAUCUGCCCUCUCAUAUUCCAUGGUGUGUGUGUGUGUGUUUUCUCUCUCUCACUUUCUCAGAGUCACAGAGCUGUUUUGAUUGAUUGUCCUCAGCUGCAGCUGAAAGUCCAGCCAGCCAGUUUAUGGACUCGGUUCCAGCAUCAAUUCUCACUUUGAAAAACAUGACAUUUAAAACCACCCUUUGGUUUUCCUACAUAUGGAUCUGAUGCUUUUGUUAAAGAUUGUUUUUGCUGCUUUUCCCCUGCAAUAUAAGUCUCAUUUGGACACUGCAUCUCCUUGACCUCAGAGCACCUUCAUUUCAGUGCCAUUGUAAUUGACAGGUUGAAUUUAUGAGAUACUGUCAAAGCUCAGUAUUAAUAGCAGAUAUUAAUGUCACCAGCGUUUUCCAAUGGAGAAUUAAUGGCAGUGUUGUCUGCAGCUAGUAACCCUCUAAAAGGAUUCCUCUGUGCCUCCACACAGGGCUUGCUGUUAUGCUUUCUGCUCUAAUCCCUUUGUCCUAAUGACAUUACAACAGGACAAGCAGCAAAUCCCUUCCCUGCUCCUUCCCCAUGACUUUGUUCCUUUUAAAGUGGUUUGAGUCAGGCCAGGGUAAGUGUGGAGCUGUGUGAGCAGGAGGCUGGCAGGUGCUGUGGGAGAUGCCCAGGGCUGGGCUGUCCCUGCACCCCUCGUGGGCACAAAGCUUGGCCUGACCCUGCAGUUUCUCAGAGAGAAGCCUGAGCUGGGUGGCUCCAGCUGAGGGAGGAGAGCCAGGGUGUGCUGUGUGCCUCAGAGCCCUGCUGGGCUGCAGGAGGAGUCAGGCUCUUCCCUCUGCUGUUGGACUGUGAGGAUGAGAAGCCUUUGGUUGCUGCUCAGAUCUUGGCUUGGCCAGAACACGAGCACAGGGACAGACACAGGUUCUGGGACAUGAAACCUUUCCUGACAGCCUUAGGGGUGCCUUUCCUGAGGCUUAGGGGUGUCCUCCACAAAGGUUUUGUGUGUUCACACAGCACAGGCCUUGGGAUUCUUAGAGAAGCAGGUGUCAAAUGCCAUCAACUUGAAAGAACCCCAAAUCCAGGGAGCAGAGAGAGAGCAGAGCUGCUGGAGCAGCUGUGGGUGGCUUUGCAGGGCAGGGGGAGCCUCCCCAGCCUGCCACAGCUGAUCAGAGGCACAGCCCAUCCCCAGGGAUCCCCAGGUGUGCUGCCCAUCCCCAGAUCCUGCAUCCCCAGCAUGCUGGAGCCUUGCCCUUGCUGGAGCUCUGAAGUGUCACUGGCAGGAAAGGAGUUUUCUGGGUCCCCAAGAGCCCUGUGGACCCUUAAAUCUGAAAGAGGAGUUGGAGGGCAUUUCUGGUUCCUGUUUUUAAACAGCAGGUUCAUGCUGCUGCACUGGGUGCAAUGCCCAUCUUUCCUGGAGUUCUUCCAGGUGUACAGACCUUGACACAGAUAUCUCUGUACUGUACUUCUGUGCUUUUCCCUGACUUCUGUUGAGUUUACUGGUGAGAAAGAGGCAACUCUGACUUGUUAAAGGGGUGGAACUUCAUUUCUGGAGGCAGGUGUGUGAUGCAGGAAGCUGUUGGUGGGUCCCUACUUGGAAAAAUCUGUAAAAAAAUCUCAGUUCAUCUCCCUGCUGUUGAGCAGGUGCUGCUGCACCUUGUCCUGGUGGGCAGGGGCUGAGGGCAGAGCCCUGCAGGCACAGCCUCAGCUGGGAUUUCUCCAUGCUUGCUGCCAGCCAGGUGUGUCCCUGCACAAUUCCCUCCUUCCCUGCACGCUCUGGAAGAGGAAAUCCUGCUUGGUCAGCUCAGCAUUGCUUCAGUGCCUGGUCUGGUGUAGCUCAGACAAGGUUCCCACCAGCUCCUGUGUUUAAGAAAUCUUUUUUAUUCAAAACAACCCCAAACUCCUCUCUCAGAAAAGCCAGCCAAGAUGCUCCUGCUUUUUUUUUUUUUUUUUUCCCUUCCAUCUUGUUCCUGUUAGAGGAACUCUGGGAGCCUGUCUUGGUGCUUUCACUCUUUCACAUGCCAAAGAUCCCUCUUAGUUACUCUCCUGCCAAACCAGAUCUUGUAGUCUUGCCUCUGCAGCCAUCCACUUCCCUGCUCCUUGGGGUUCCUUUUGUUGCUGUUGCUUUUCCAUUGAAUUUCCUCGUGUUUAUUGACAUGUCUAUUGUUGAGCUUCCUGGACACAUGCAGCUCUCUUUUUUGGGAUACAGGGAAAGACAAAUAGCUGCCUUCACUUCUGUGCCCCUGCUGUUGGGGAAAUACUGUCAGUGAUGUGAUUCCUACAGAUGGGCUGGGUCUCAUGUAGAGCUGGGGUCAUGGAGGGUGUAAACUGGCACUGCUCCACUGGCUUGGCUGGAAUAAGGCCAGUUUUGUCCAGCUGAGAAUCUGUCCUUAGUGUCUAAACAGUUAUUACACACUAAUAAAGAUUAAUGAUCCCAAAUCCCCACGGAUUAGACAUCAAAUGGCAAGUUUUGCUCAUUAAUCUUUAUUGCCAUGUUCUGGUUGUUGAUGUUAGAGCAGGCUCCUCUCUGCUCUGGGCAGAACACACAGAGCACACCAGAUGUCCACGUUUUACACUCCCUGUCCUCCCCCCAGGUUCCUUGUUUCCUUGAAGCCCUUAACCAGCAGCAGAGGAUGGAUCCCAGAGCUCUGCCUGCUCCUCUGGCCUCUGCCUGGGCUGUAAAACCCAGAUUGUUUCUGGUGAGAAGGGAUCAGAUCUCCUCGUUAAUGUUUCAGCUCAGCCUUUGCUGGAGCAGAUGGAGAAUGUGAGAUUUGUGCUCUGCAGAGCUGGGGGAUUCACCCCUGCACUCUGACUGAGGAGUGGCAGCUCUGUUAAAGGCUGAGAGGACUCUGCUCCUUCACAUAACCCCACUCCAUAGAACCAGUGGCUUUUGUUAAUCAAUAGGGCCAGAAGAAGCUGCAUCUCAGGUUUGAGGUGUUUGCAGAUGAAUAAUAAAUAAUAAAAAGAAUAAAUAAAUAAUAAUAAAGCCAGGAGCUGCUGCUGCCAGUGCUGCAGGCACAAAGAUCAGUGAAAAGGACUCUGAGAGUGCAGUGAACUUCAAGGGUGGAUUUAAUGGCACAGGGACAAAAUGAGUGCUCUGAUAGGCAGCUGGUGGCAGUCCACCCUGCCAGGGAGGGUCUGCAGCAGCAAGAGAGGCAGAACAGCCACAGGUGCCCCCAGGGCACAGCCUGGCUGCCCUUGCCCUCCCCACAUCUUCCACAUUUGUGGGCAGAGGGUCUCACUGCAAAAUCUAAAACCCAGAAGAAACCCAUGGGGAAAAACCUGCAGGUGGCCCAAGGCUGCUGCUGCUGCUGCAUGGCUUUAAAUGGUGGGAAAAGCCUGGGAGAGGCUGGGACAGAAGAGGGAAAACUUUUAGGGCAGCUUCAUGCUGGAAAUACCCAAUUUUGAGGCCAGCAGGAGGAGGGAGCAGCUGGGGCUGAAUGGUUGUGAUGUGGCUCCUUCAGAGCAGCACUGGGAUGCUGCAGAGCUUUUGGGACACCUGACACCCCAGGCACCUUCCCUGUUGCCAUGUCUGGGGUUUUACUGGCAGCCAGCUGUCCAGGGAGUGCUUUGGGAGAGGAAGGAGCUGCCUGCUUUGUCCUGGUUUGCUCUAGAACUAGGGAUAGGGAUAAGGAAUCUUGUUUUUAAAAAUUUCUCCAGUUCCCUGCUCCCAAAUCCCACAGCUGGGAAUUCUCCAAUCUCCAGCCCCAGCAAGAACUUGUCCCUUUGCUUGCUGCCAUCCCACUGGAAAUUUUGGGAAUGCUGGAGCUGCCCAGGCAGCAGCCAGGAUGGGCCAAAAUCUCUUCCUUGAGAGGCUCCUGGAUUUCCAGGGAUAGGGAGAGCAUCCAGCUCGUGGGGUCCUGUGGGGAUAAGGGGGAAAAGCUUGGAAGUGGAGAUGGAAAUCUCAACAGAUCCAUCAGCUAUUUCCAAAGCUAUCUGCUUUUAGCCAGACCUGAAAACCCUUCCUAGAAGUUUUAUUUCAGGGUAUUUUGAUCUGUUACUUUCACUUUUGGGCUUAGCUAAAUCCAGGAAAUGUGGAGUGGUGUAAUUUUUGAAUAAAGACUAAACACACCCCAAGUAUUCCUGAACUGAUCAGGAAAGCUGCUGCUUGGUUUUAUCUUCCAGGAAUAAUUCAGGCUUUCAUUCAGUCUGGUUUUGCCCCUAGAUAAUGAUUGUUUUUGAGGAAAUAAAGAGAGCAGACCAUGAUCUUUCCAGAAGAUGUGACCUGACACACCAAACCAUUCCAGGAGGUGGAUGGAGAUAAAUGCUCCAGUGAGAGGGGCCAAUGUCUGGAGGCUGGAAGAGCAGCCUGGAGUAUCCAUGGCCUCCAAAAACUCACAGAGACACAGUUUCCCCAGGAAUUGUGGGGUGGAGGUGUUGGAUUCUGCCAUACCUUGGGAUUUGUCCCUCUAGGAGAGAACAUUCAGGCAUCUCAGAGUGUCCCAGAACACCCAAAAGCCUUCAGCAUUUUUAUGGGUUUUUUUUAUUGUUCAGGAUGGAUACUGAGACAAGUCAGGAAGGGCCAGGUGUCCUUGAUUUGCACAGCCAGGGUGAAGAAAUGUGGAUGAAGUGCCUGGAAAAAGCCAAAAAAGGUGUGUUUAAAGACAAAUCCCAGUCUCUUGUCAGAGCUGUUGAGCCAGGAUCAAAUUUUCCCAAAUCCAGGUACAGCUGCAGAGCUCUCCAUCCAUUUUAGCCCAAAUUUAGCCACAAGUUCUGCAUGAACACCUACAAACAUGGACUGUGCCUUCUGGGGGGCUGCUGGCAAUCCAAGAUCCCCCAAGCCAGGAUUUGGCCCUGAAUAUUCCUUUUAAAAUCCAUGUGUAAAGUGGAUUUCCAGGGCUCUGUUUUUAUUUUGGUGAAUCCAGUGGUUUGUGCUUGGUGAGAGCUGUCCCUGUGCCAGGGGCUGCUGGAAAUAGUCACAACAUCCCAAAUAGCUGGAAUUCUGCAUUUUUUAAUAGCAAUACAAUGAGAAGAAGCUGCUAAAUGGAGCUUCUUGUAAGCUGGAAAUGUGUUGGAGUAAAAUAGGAAAAAAAAAAAAAAAAAAAAAGAAAGAAACAACUCUCUAAAAUUAUCCAAAAUCUUCAAUUUAAGGAAUUACAGUUUUGUUGGCAGAGAUCCAUGUUCAGGAUCAAUAGAUGGGAUUUCCAGACUUUCUGCCUUAAGGUGUGAAGUUUGCUUUUUCUUGAGGUGGUGGGAAAUCUGUAGCAAGGAUAUUUCUACAUAGUUCUGGCUAAGAAAAAACACCCCAAACACCAAAAUAGGAGCAAAACAAAUGGAAAAGCAGCCAGUUCCCAGUGGUGUCUGGUGUUGAAGAAGGCACAUGAACAUGUUAGGAAGGAGAAGACUUCCCAACCUGCUGUAAUGCAAGUCCUUAUUUUAUUUUAUUUUAUUUUAUUUUAUUUUAUUUUAUUUUAUUUUAUUUUAUUUUAUUUUAUUUUAUUUUAUUAUGUUAUUUUAUUUUAUUUUAUUUUUAGGAUUUUUCUUUACAGUAACAUCAUUUGGUUUCUCAACUGUGAAAGUCUCUGCUUCUCCAUCCCUGUGGAAGGCUGAUGAUUCUUUCUCAUGUUCUUAUUUAUUAUUUAUCCCUUUCUGGUACUAUCCAAGAGGUGCUGAAGGUAUUUCCCAGCCUGCCCCCGAGCCAUGUGGAAUCCCUGGUAUCCCCUAACAGCUGGGAUGGCAGCAGACAGCUAAUUAUCAUUUGAAAUUUUAUUUAUAGCAACUUAGAUUAUUCUUUUUUUUUUUUUUUUUUUUUUUUUCUUUUAGUGUCCUGCUUUGCUCUAGAAUUAGGGAUGGGGAUAAGGAAUCUUGUUUUUUAAAAUUGUAUUUUUUUGAGUUUUAACACCUUGGGGGCUUCUGAAGAAACCUGCUCACUUUGAUGUUUUCAGUGGGGAAGCAAAGCUGGGUUUCAGUUGUUCCUUUGAGAGGGGAUUGAGUAGCACCAGGGUUCAGUUUAGCUGAUAAAAUGCUCUGUGUCACAUCAUUAAAAUCACCCUGAAUUCUGAGAAAAAAACACUUUCCACCUGAAAAUUAAAACCUGGUUGGUGACAAGUUGGGUUUUUCCAGGGCUUGUGCCAGGCUUUUCUCUGAUUUCCAUGGAGUUUUGUUUUUUGUUUUUUUUUCUGCUGGAGCCCUGGGAGGUCAGGAUUGGCCAAGGCAGGGUUGGGGACAGCCAAGUGUCACCUCUGGGGACAGAGGACACGUGUCCUGCAGGAAUAAUGGAGCAGUUCAUGAGCAGCUUCUUGCUCUGUAGGGGAUGCUGAGGGGAAUCCCUUAAGUGUGGGAGAGAAUCAGGACUGGGGGCACAAAACCCAUCAGGUUUUGUUCUUUUUAUUCCCUUUCUCCCCUUGGAAAGGUGCUUCUGAUAAAGAAUAAUAGAAUCAGAGAACCACAGAGUCAUUGAGGGUGGAAAAACCUUUAAAAUCAUCGAGUCCAACCAAGAACUCAGCACUGCCAAGGCCACCACUAACCCAUGUCCCCAAGUGCCACAUCCCCACAGUUAAACCCUGCCAGGGAGGGUGACUCAAGCCCUGGUGCAGCUGUUUUCAGACAGCUCACGCUGCUUUUCUGGUUUGUUUUCUUUCCCCAACGUAUAAGAAACGUUGGGUAGCAGAAUGUGGAAUUGAUUAGGAGUUCAUAAAGCAGGGACCUCAGAAGGAUGUGGGUAUAAAUGCUUUUCAGGCAUCCGAGGUGAACUCUAAAUGGAGCUUUGGCCCUCACUUGCUUUCUGCUUUUCAAAAACCAUUUAUGAGAAAGUGGAGCUGUCAAAGCCAUGCAUGAACUUUGCCUUCUUGCAAAUAACUUGUCUCAAAGUAAAUUGUCCAAGUGCACAAGAAACUUGUCUCAAAGUCAAUCCAGUAGCUCUACAAAGCUGGAAUUCUGUGUAUUAGAGGGUGUGAGGUGUGUGUGUGUGUGUGUGUGUGUGUGAGCACGUGCUGUGCUUGGGGGGUGCAGGGAGUAACUCCAACAUUUUGAGAUUAAAAAAAAACACAAUGCAAGUGCUUUUUUUUUUUUUUUUUUUUUUUUUUU